AUGCGUGGCUUUUGGGUUCGUUGGGACAACAGGGGUAUACAAGUGGGACGUAAGGGUGAAUCGGUGGCAUUUAUGUCUUAUCUAGAUAAGAAUUUAUUUGACAUUAACUAUGUGGGUAUAUGUACGGCAUAUGGUUCUAGUGGUUGCUGGUUUGUUGGCGAUAAUUCGUUUGCGGUUUCCCGAGACCCAGUAAUACCGAAUAUGUUGUCCGAUAAAAGUAAAUUAAUUAACAUAAAUACCCCCAAUGAAAAAAGAUAUCGAUAUUAUCCGGUACAUGGUAAUUUAUUCCUGUUCAACGUCAAGUGUACCAAUGAUUGUCAUGUGACAUUGUCAAGUAACAAUGAAGAACGUGAUCCCAUGUAUGAGAUUGUAUUUGGCGGUUGGGCCAAUACCAAGUCCAUAAUACGUAAAAAUGGUAAAAUGCCAGAUCUGGUGGAGGUACAAACACCCAAAAUUUGCAGUGAACAUGAAUGGCGUACAUUUUGGAUAUGUUGGCACGACAAUGUGUUGCAGGCGGGACGUGGUGGUGAGGAUGUGCCACUUAUGGCCUAUAAAGAUGCAAAUUUAUUUGAUGUCAAAUAUUUGGGUAUUUGUACGGCAUAUGGUUCCAGUGGUUCAUGGAUAUUUAAUACACCCCUAGAUGAUGUUUUGAUUUCAAAAAGGGUUUUGAAGGUAAGAACACCAAAAGAGAAGGAUUACAAAUUCUAUCCGGUGCAGGGGAAUGCCUUUCUUUUUAAAAUCAAAUGCGCGCACGAUUGCCAUAUAGCUUUGUCGGCCCAACCCUUAGUCGGUGUACCUAUGUAUGAAAUUGUUAUUGGGGCAAUGAGUAAUACAAAAUCGGUUAUAAGAAAAUCUGAUAUAGUACCACCAGAUGUAUUCGAGUCAUCGACACCGGACAUUGUAAAUGCUCAGGAAUUGCGAGGAUUCUGGAUACGUUGGAAUGAUACAACCAUUGCGGUCGGUCGGGAUGGUGAAAAUAUUUCAUUUAUGUUCCAUAAGGGGGCGAAAUUAUUUCCCAUCAAAUAUGUGGGCAUAUCGACGGGUUUUGGUGCCACUGGGUAUUGGGAAUUUGAAGAUAAUACUGCUGAACGAUGCUCAAUGCGAUAA